CUUGGCUUGUCGUGAUUUAGUUAGGGUCCUAUUAUCUCAUAGCACGGUAUCGUUUAAGUUAAAAAAUAAAUUAAAAAAAAAAAACAAUUAUAUUUUUUUGGCAUUUAUAAUAAUUACCUCGUCAAAAAAGUUUGAAUUAAAAAUAAAAAAGUUUAAGUAGUGCAAGAAUAUAUAUUAAGGAUCGACAGGAUAUAGAGUUUACAAUGCCAACUACGGUGGUGUUUGGUAAGAACGAAAAAUGGAGGAUAAAUCGGAACAUCUUCGUAUUGGGUUUCGCUUUCAUGGUGCAUUUCACGGCGUUCCAUGGCGCUGCUAACCUACAAAGCUCCGUGAACACCGACGCCGCGGCUGGAACCUUCACGCUAGCGGCUAUAUACUUUUCUCUAAUAUUAUCGAAUAUAUUUCUACCAGCUUUGGUUAUAAAGUGGCUUGGCUGUAAAUGGGCAAUCGCAGUUUCUUUUAUAGCAUACAUGCCGUUCAUAGCUGCUCAAUUCUAUCCGUAUUUGCACACGCUGGUACCAGCGGGAAUGAUGGUCGGUUUCGGUGGUGGCCCUCUCUGGUGCGCUAAAUGCACAUACUUGUCUGUUGUGGCAGAACCAUACGCGAAGUUAUCAGGUGUACCAGCAGAGGUGCUUGUGGUUCGAUUCUUUGGACUAUUCUUCAUGUUCUACCAAAUGGCACAGAUAUGGGGUAAUCUGGUGUCUUCAGCAAUUUUAUCUUCAACACUCGGAGACGUGAUGCUUUUGAUGAAUGAAACAUACAUCGAGGCACCCAAAGUAGCGGCGCUCAUGAAUUACACUGUACCUACGCCCGACUAUGGUUCCACUUGCGGAGUUAACUUUUGCAGUGGUAGCGAUGCACAUGAAAACACAAAUUUAGAGACGCCAUCUCCGGUUAAGAUUCAGUUGAUCGCAGGUGUUUACCUGGCUUGUAUGGCUGCAGCGAGCGUUCUCGUCGUCUUUGGUGUGGAUUCAUUAAGCAGAUAUAAUACCGGACGUCAGCCGAUGGCCCAAGGCAAGUCAGGGUUCCAAUUGCUGGCGGUUACGCUUCGCCAACUCAGGCACAAGUACCAAUUGUUGUUACUGCCCGUUAUCGGUUACAUCGGCGCUGAACAGGCAUUCAUGGCGGCGGACUUUACGCAGGCUUUCGUGGGGUGUGCAUACGGGAUUAGCAAUAUCGGUUUCGUGAUGAUUUGCUUUGGAGUUUUCAACGCUCUGGCGGCAGCAGUAGCGGGUGCUAUUGUCAAAAUAACCGGUCGUUUUCCAGUCAUGGUGAUUGCUCUCCUCUUGAAUCUCUGUUUGUUGACGUCGCUGUUGUUGUGGAGACCAGAUCCUGAGCAAUGGCUGGUUUUCUUCAUACUGGCCGCGAUCUGGGGAACUGCAGAUGCUGUGUGGCUUGUCCAAGUAAACGCUCUCUCAGGGAUCCUGUUCCCGGGUAACGAGGAAGCAGCUUAUUCUAACUUUCGUUUAUGGGAAGCGACUGGUAGUGUGCUCUCGUAUGCAUCAGCACCAUAUCUAUGCGUGAGGACCAGGUUAUAUGUUCUGGUGGGUCUUCUCAUCUUAGGAUUCUCAGGAUACACGACCAUCGAAAUAUUGGAGUAUCGCGUGAAGCGUCAUCAUCAUGAAGAAAGGAAGUUCGAAUUAGUUGCAGAGAAAGCUGACCAAGAAUAGAACGUAUUAUAUAAUAUAUUUAUAUAAUAUAUUAAACUAUGUGAUAAGUCACUUAGCUACUAAUAGACUUAUCAAAUAAUUUCUAGUCUUAAAUUUGAUUAACGGUGUAUAAUUAACUAUAUUUUUAACUCGAUAUUUUUUUUCACAAAGUUUUUAACCAACGUCACAAAACGACCAAGUCAAUUCUAAGUUGGCAAAUUAUGAGUUUUUAAAAAAGAAUCUCG